GGAGCCGCGCUGCGUGCUCAGUCUCUGCGGCCGCGAACCCCUUGGUCGUGGGAUCCGUCCAGGCAGCGCGGGCUGUCCAGGUCCCCUCGGGCUGCGCGAUCCGGAGAACACAAUGGACAGCAAUGAGUUAAUUGAAUACUUUAAGUCUCAGAUGAAAGAAAAUCCUGACAUGGCCUCAGCAGUAGCUGCCAUCCGGACUUUGCUGGAGUUCUUGAAGAGAGAUCAAGGGGAGACGAUCCAGGGCCUGCGAGCGAGUCUCACCUGUGCCAUAGAAACUCUGUGUGACGUGGACUCCUCCGUGGCCGUGUCCUCUGGCGGGAAGCUCUUCCUGCGCUUCAUCAGCCUGACUUCCCUGGAGUACUCUGAUUACUCUAAAUGUAAAAAGAUCAUGAUUGAGCGGGGAGAACUUUUUCUCAGGAGAACAUCCCAAUCGAGAAAUAAAAUUGCAGAUCUGUGCCAUACUUUCAUCAAAGAUGGGGCGACAAUACUGACUCACGCCUACUCCAGAGUGGUCCUGAGAGUUUUAGAGGCGGCAGUGGUGGCCAAGAAGCGUUUCAGUGUGUACGUCACAGAGUCACAGCCUGACUCAUCGGGGCAAAAAAUGGCCAGAGCUCUCUACCACCUCAACGUCCCUGUCACCGUGGUCCUGGAUGCUGCUGUUGGCUAUAUCAUGGAGAAAGUGGAUCUUGUCAUAGUUGGUGCUGAAGGAGUUGUUGAAAAUGGGGGGAUUAUCAACAAGAUUGGAACCAACCAGAUGGCUGUGUGCGCCAAAGCCCAGAACAAGCCUUUUUAUGUCGUUGCAGAAAGUUUCAAGUUUGUACGACUCUUCCCACUAAACCAGCAGGAUGUCCCAGAGAAGUUUAAGUAUAAGGCAGAUACUCUGAAGACUAUGCAGACCAAACAGGAUCUCAAAGAGGAGCACCCAUGGGUCGACUACACCUCCCCUUCCUUAAUAACACUGCUGUUUACAGACCUGGGGGUGUUGACGCCCUCAGCAGUCAGCGACGAGCUCAUCAAGCUGUAUCUGUAGCCGCUGGAUCCCUUCCUGCAGGCGCACAGCUGAUGCACUUGGGCAGGACACUUUCCAGUUUCCAGAAAUACAAGUUAGAUUAUUGGCUACUUAACCAAUGAAAGACAUGCCCAAGCCCACCUCCCUUCCCUGCACUCCAGACUGAUUUGCCAAAAGCAUUGAUUAAAGAGAUGCAGGCCUGCAAGAGCAGGCAUUCCUACCUGCAGCCAGGCGCCCCUGCAGGAACCAACAGGCGCCCAGGACACGUUACAAACGGUGCCUUAUGAGAGGCUGGAAACCCGGGUUGAAAUCACAUCAGGCAUCCAGUGGUGACCAAGAGCCUGGGGCUGCCAUCCCCUCCUUGGGAUUGGGACAGACGGGACCGGAAACCACCCAGAAAACCCAAGGAAGGUAGAAAUAACAUUUAGGAGGAGUAGCCUCCGUGGCUCAGCACGUAUGAAGACCUUCCAGAACAUCUGUAAACUUGAAAGUCUGCAUCUGUGGAAGAUGUGAAUUUCCUUUAAACGUGUUUGAUCCCUGAAGAGCUUUUUAAAAAUUGUACUUGGG